CACCCUAGUAAACUGUUCCUCGAUAAAAAAAACCCCAAAACACAAAUUAGGGCAAAACAUCCCCUUUCUUCUCCGACACCCACACACGCAUUUACAAACCUCCUCGCCUGAUUGUUUGGUUCAACUCUUCUCUUUUGCUGGGUAAUGUUACCACGUUGGUAAUUUAUUUCAUUGAUGGCUGGAUUAUUGCCUGCUGAUUCUGUGCAAAGUGGGACAUAUGAAGGCUUGUACAGUAAUCAGCAGAUAGAGGAUGGAAGUGGUGGUGGUGGUAGGUGGUACUAUUCUAGAAAGGAAAUUGAAGAGAACUCCGCCUCUAGAAAAGACGGGAUUGAUCUUAAGAAAGAGACUUACUUGCGCAAGUCCUAUUGCACAUUUUUGCAAGAUUUGGGAAUGAGGCUCAAAGUGCCUCAGGUAACCAUUGCCACAGCAAUAGUUUUCUGUCAUCGUUUCUUUCUCCGUCAAUCCCAUGUGAGGAACGACAGGAGGACAAUUGCAACAGUAUGCAUGUUUCUCGCUGGAAAGGUCGAAGAAACUCCUCACCCGUUGAAAAAUGUCAUUGUUGUUUCUUAUGAAAUUAUACAUAAAAAAGAUCCUGCUGUUGCACAGAAGAUAAAACAAAAGGACGUGUAUGAACAGCAAAAAGAGCUGAUUUUAAUGGGGGAAAGGGUUGUACUUGCGACUCUUGGAUUCGAUCUCAACGUGCAUCACCCAUACAAGCCCCUCGUAGAGGCUAUAAAGAAAUUUAAAGUUGCUCAAAAUGCUCUGGCUCAAGUUGCAUGGAAUUUUGUUAAUGAUGGGCUGCGGACAUCUUUAUGCUUGCAAUUUAAGCCUCAUCACAUUGCAGCAGGUGCCAUAUUCCUUGCUGCCAAAUUUCUUAAAGUAAAGCUCCCAUCCGAUGGUGUAAUUUGGAGGCAAGAGUUUGAUGUCCAUCCACACCAAUUGGAGGAGGUUAGCAAUCAAAUGUUGGAACUUUAUGAGCAAAAUAAACUGCUACAGUCCCAAACUAGUGAAGAUAUAGGCAGUGCUGCUGGUGGGCCCACACCAAGGGGCCCAACAAAAGCUCCUACAACAGAAGAGCAUCUAAAAGAUGAUAGCAGUUCUCAAGGAAGGGAUGCUACUUCAAAAGCCGGGGUCAUGAAAUUGGGGUUAUCUCGUCCUGUCCCUAAUCAGUCGUAUCUUGAUAAUAAUGCUGCUCGUGCAAAGGUAACAAAGAAUGGAUAUGACUAUGCAAGCACAGAUAUGAACGACCAGAAGAAAGAUAUUCUUGUUAAUGAUGGUCAGCAUUUUGAAUCAGAAUCUAUGCAUUACCAGGGUAACACGAAGACUCAGGGUGGUUCAGGGUAUGAUUCUGAGAGACAUGCUGGAAUAGAUCAAAAAGGUAAUGGUGGAAGAAGUGAUGCAAGGGAAUCAGUGGACUUGAAGGACAAAUGGAAUGGUCGAUAUCAGGAUCAUAAAGAUGGAAAACUCAGUCGCUCACCACUAGAUGCAGUGAUAAAAAUUGAUAAAGACAAGGUAAAAGCAGCUCUUGAACGAAAAAAGGCUCGUGGUGCUACCACUCGGAGAACUGACUUCACAGAUGAGGAUGAUUUGAUUGAGAGGGAAUUAGAAGAUGGUAUUGAACUUGCUGCUGAGAGCGAGAGGAGCAGGUCUGAAAGAAAGCAAAACUGGUCUAAUAAUGAAUAUGAGCGUGAUUCAGGUAAUCGGAAUGAGAAUGGAGAUGAUGUACUUGGAAAAAAAUGUCAAUCACCACUCAGACAAAUAUUUGACAAUGUUGAAGAAGGGGAAGUACCUACUUCUGAUGAUACAGUGAGGGAAUAUCAGUUACCAAAGUCGAACAAUCGCAAGAGGAAAGCUGGUAGUCCGCUCGACAAAGAAGGAAAGGACCUGGAUCCAGUUGUACCUGCAUUCAAUCAGCACAACCACAAUGACUCUGUAGGAGACGGGGACGGGUUGACACAUUUCGCUUAUCCAUAGAAGGAUCACAAAAACCAUGUUCAAUAAAUUUUGUUCGUAGUCCAUUUGAAAGGAUAAUUAUUGUUUCCUACUGCUUGCUCUGUAUGCGUUACACACUGAGGUGAGAGUGAUAUCUUUUGGCAGCCUGUGACAUUCAUGCUAUGCUGUAAAAGCUGCCCAAAGAAUGAGAGCAGUAAGGCUCUAUGUUCCUUGAAUUUUUUGGGAAAAAACACUUACAAAUUUGAAGGCAUGUUUCAAGUGUUUGGCCUUUUCCCAAUGCGCAGUGAAAGAAAAGAAUUGUUAUUUUUAUAGAACAAUUUUACCAAUCAAAACUGUGCCUUGGUUUUUUUA